ACCAAGGUCGGACCAAUGAGAAUGCGUGUUGUAGUUUACAUUUUACAAUAUCAAUAUUAAGAGGUUACCCCCUUAUCUACAGGGGGCCUUAGUAAAUAUGUGUCGAGAGUGGACACUAGACGUGUGAACAUGUGCAAUAUAUGAUGGGUUGCUCAAAAACAUGGAUUACGCCGUUUGUAAAGCAGUGCUUCGUCACUGCUGGCGUAUCCCUCAACAUGGCUGGCUCCGGGCUGGUGAUCGGCUUCACCACCGCGCUGCUGGAACAGCUCAAGAGACCUGGGUCUAUCAUACCCCUUGAUGUCACUUCUGGAUCUUGGGUAGCGGCCAUACCCGGUAUGUCCCUGGUCUUCGGGAACUUCAUCGCACCGACAACGAUGUCGAGGUACGGCAGGAAGCCUGCCAACCUGAUCAGCAUAGUGCCACUGAUCAUCGGCUGGGCAGCCAUCUAUUUCGCCAACAGCAUCACCAUCCUACUCCUGGCCAGGUUCCUUCAGGGACUCUGCAUGGGCAUGUGCACUUCCCUAGGAUCACUUCUAAUAGGAGAAUACACCAGCCCGAAGAACAGAGGAGCCUUUCUGAUGACGAUAUCAGUUUCCAUAGCCAUGGCAGUGAUGGCAGUACAUUCUCUAGGAGCAUACUUCACGUGGCAAACCACAGCCUUAAUCUGUGGCGGUAUCUCCUUCAUCGACCUCUUCAUCGUAUUAUAUUCACCAGAAUCUCCAAGCUGGUUGGCUCAGAAAGGCAAAUAUGAUGCCUGCAAGCAAUCCUUCCGAUGGCUUAGAGGCGACACCGAGGAAGAAGAACUAAGGAAAAUGAUAGAAGCAAGCAUUCUGCUUAGAGAAGCUAAAGCAGACAUGCAGCAAACGAAGUCCUGGAUAAAGAAGUUCAGGAACCAGGUGGAGUAUUUCAAGACAACGGUGAAGAAAAAGGAGUUUAUGAAGCCGAUCAUCAUAAUGAUACACAUCUACAUCUUGGGGCAAUGGAGCGGGAUCAACAUGUUGGUGGCGUUCCCCAUAGACUUGUUCCAUAAGAUGGUGGGCAAGGACUGCAACAUACCACUACUGGUGCUGACCCUGGACGUGCACAGAAUAGUAGCGAACACGACAGCACUGUACGUGAUACAGAAAGUGAAAAGACGAACUAUAUUAGGUGUGACAGUUUGUAUAAAUAUUACUGCUCUGAUAGCUUGCGCGGCAUAUUCCUAUGCGAAGGAAACCGGCCACAUUUCCAUGGACGAGUUUAGUUUUGGGAUAGCCAUAAUACAUAUUCACAUGUUUGCUGUAGCCACAGGCUCACUGCCACUAUGUUUCAUAAUAGCUGGUGAGAUAUUUCCACUGGAAUACCGCAGUUUGGCGGGAGGGAUCAGCGUGUUGUUCUAUUCGACGAAUUUAUUUGUUACCAUAAAAACUGCUCCAUUUUUAUUAAGUUCUAUAGAUUUGUAUGGAACCUAUUUAAUAUACGCGUCUUUAAUGAUCUAUAGUUUAUUAGUUGUAUGGAAUCUGUUGCCUGAAACGAAGGAUAGGACUCUUCAGGAUAUUGAAGACGAGUUCAGAGGUAGACCUUUGUCUCCUGAGGAGCUGAAGUCUGUGCAAUCUUUAGCUUCUAUAAGAGCAAUCACUGCAGAUAGAAGAUGCAGUAACCCGAUAACUUUAUAAUUGUACAUUUUAAGUAAUCUUAGUGGAAUUUAGACAAUUUACCUAUCGACAUACAUUCUGAACUUAGGACACUAACAAUACAGUAUAUUUUUAGUUUUUAGGAGGCUCCCGCAGCUCGACAUCCCCUAAAAAUGCACCGUGGAGGAGUAAAACAUACGUCGAGUGUUUUGUUGCGUACCGUGUGUGUAUUUUUGUGUUGCACCUCUGCUGCGUGCGGGAGGGUGGUGUUGCACACCGCAUGCUUAAAAUACAUCUAAAAAAUGAAUAAAAACUAAAUAUGUAUUGUAUUGUAUUGUUAGUGUAGCAUGGAUUUCCGCAAAGUAACGCCUGAUUAUAUUCUAUAUACUGAAUGUUGUAGAUUAAGUGACAUAGUUUGAUAGUAAAUAUGUACUUAUGUAGUAAGUGAACAAAUUAUUUUCCAUAAUAGUGUUGUUUUCCAAGUAUCUGUCGUAUUGUUGUCUGUUCUGCAAUUAUAUAACGUUUCAGUAACAUCUUGCUAUGUUAUGACUAUGUUAUAAUGUUUAAUGUGUUGAACGAAUCGCUAUGUAUUAUAAAACACAUUAUUCCAAUUGUAAUUGUUACAUAAUUAGCUAUGAUUUGUGUGAAACUAAUAGUAACUGUAAUAUAAUUUUCACCAUAAGGCCUUGUUAUUGAAAAAGUUAAAUUGUUCUAAACAUUAGGAAUUUAUUUGAACGAUUCAAGAGGAAGAUUUAUGUGUAUUAAUUAAUGCGAAGCCACGGGCUGAAGGUAUUAUUAUAUAAUUCAUCAGUCGACAACAGAUAAUUUCGGACAACUUAUAUUAACUGACAAAUCAAUUAGUUUCACAAUUAGCUACUUAUAUAGUUUUAUAGAAUACUAAGGGAAACUACCAAGAUGCAACAAUUGCUAAAAGACAAAAGUUAUUGUAAAUAUAAUUAAUUUAUUGUUUUAAUUUAACCACCUAUGCGUGUAAACUAAGACUUAAUUGUAAGUAAUAAACAUGACAUGAUAUUU